AUCGGAGCUGAAAUGGACCCGCCCCAACACUGGGUUAAAACCAGACCCGUCAAUAAGAAGAGAGGCUUUUAAGUGUUGGAAGCGGAAAAGGAUAAGGGGGGGCGGAGGAAGUUCAUCGCCGGCGACGGAAUUGAAGAAGAAGAAGAUGGGUCAUGCAUGCGUCUCGACAUCGUCGGCUUCUUCUCUGAGGAUUACAGCUGGAUUCGUCUCCAAUGGCUCUUCCUCUUUCGAUUCUCAGAAGCUUUCCCUCCCUCUUCCUUCAAGAAAGACGAACAAGUUAGUUAGCGAGAGAAAGAACUGGAAGAGGUCAUCAUCAUCAUCAUCAUCAUCAUCAUCAUCAUCAUCAUCAUCAUCAUCAACUCGGAAGGCUGUAUACUCCGACGGCAAUCUCUGGACACCUGCGCCUCCCUCUCCUCAAGGAGUUUGGUCCAUAAGAGAUGAUUUACAAGUCCCUUCUUCUCCCUAUUUUCCUGCCUACGCUCAAGGACCGCCUCCUAUGGUUCAAGAGCGUUUCCACAGUAUCAUUUCCCAACUCUUCCAAUAUAGGAUUAUUCGUUGUGGUGGUGCUGUGGAUGAUGAUAUGGCCAACAUCAUCGUUGCUCAGCUUCUUUACCUUGAUGCCGUUGAUCCUACUAAGGAUAUUGUCAUGUAUGUGAAUUCUCCUGGUGGCUCUGUUACUGCUGGCAUGGCUAUCUUCGAUACUAUGAGGCAUAUCCGACCUGAUGUCUCCACUGUUUGUGUUGGUCUUGCUGCUAGUAUGGGAGCUUUUCUGCUUAGUGCUGGAACCAAAGGUAGUCUCCUAAUCCUUUCAUUCAUACUAAAACAUUUAGUUUUAGUCUAUCCUUCUCAAUAUCCCAGAUGAGAGCUAACCCUUUUGUCAUAACUG